GACUCGGCAUAGAUUCAUGAGAGGGAAUCAACUCCUCAACCGCAUUUGCAUACUUUAAUAAACACGAUUUGGGCACGAAGCUCUGUAGCACGUGCUUGACUCGGGCAUCCACCGUAAAGUAGCCCUAUUUCCUCCGCUUAAUGCAGGUUCACUGGCUGAAGAACCUUCGAGCUUUGAGGUGAGGCAUUACUAGCGUUAAAAUGCUGUGAAACCUGCGUGUGGAUUUAUUCAUCUGGAGAAUGAUAAUCACCGCCUCAGCAAAGUAGGCCUAUAUGCAUGAAUGAGAGUGGGCGUAUGUAUGAAAAAAAAUAAAGGUUUGGUAGAAGCAGUUGACUAGGCUCAAAAAGUUUGGGAGUCAGGCAGGGGAGGGGGAGAGACAGUUUCGUGCAGUGCGCACUGAAGCGCUGAGAAAGAGAGAAAGAUGAGCAGAGGAGAGCGCGUUUGUCGUGAGAGGCAAAAUGGCAGUUCCCUGAUCGCGCCGCAGUGCAAGAAGCGCUGCUUAGCUGUCACCCCUCUCUGAUGAUUCAAGUCUCCGACGGCUUUGAACGCGGUCGUUUAAUGGAUAUUCGAUGGGGAAAUUGCACUGGUAAAUUGGCUAGAGCGGAAACCUGGCGACGGGUAUAUAAAACCCAUAUGAACUUAAUGUGACAGGUUGGCAUGAGUUAAAUUAGUGUGACCGCGAAAACGUCAGAUCGAUGCGAACGACAACUUUUAACCAGUUUUUUUCUUCAGAAAUUGAACGCUCUGCAAGAUGUAAACACAAGCAUCUCAGUGAUUUUGAGGCAAGUGGACUAUUUUUUAUUCUGAAGUGACAUAAUUCAGCUGAAAAUUAUGUGUGCGUAAAGCGUUUCCCCCCUAAUUGCGUUUCUCAGCCGUUUGCUCACACAGUAACCUAGGUAAACUUUGCAACGUGCGCCUGUCACGAAAAAUAUACUGUUGUUCAGAUAUCAAGAUCCUGCUUCGCUACUUCUUAAGGAUUUAUCUGUGUGCGUAUUUCAGUGCGAACGGAAAUCUUCGAGUGUUUCAGUGCAAUACCCAGUGGUGUGAAAGCCGCAGUAAUGCCAGUAUCUGCAGUUUGACAAAUUGAAAGAACGCAGACGCACUCAGCAUGGCCUGCAACUGGUCCCAUUGCAACGCUUUGAAUGAUUAAGGGGAUCUGACAGAAGUUAGAGAAUUAGCCGGACUUAUUUUUUAAAUGAAAUAGUCUGUUUUGAUGACUUUGAAUCCCGCAUCCAUCUAUGCUGUUUUCAGUUAUGGAAAUAUGUGCGUGAAAAAGCGGUCAAAUCAUGAAUCGUAUGUAAUUGGAUUCUGCUCGGAUUUCUCGAGGUUAAUCAAAUCGUCACGGUUCUCAAGUUAAGGAUGAGCAGCGUGUCGCACGCUCUACAUCCAGAAGCUCCCGAAAAGAAGAGCGUCAUUUUGACAACGCGCGUGCAGUGAGAGAAAGGAUGCUCCAGGAGAAGUCUCACUCGAGACGAACCUAAAUAAUUUUGCUGUCGUGAAUACGCGUGAUUCAAAUCAGUUGAAAACUGAGUGAUCAGUCUGAGUAGAUGUCUACCAUUUAGGGACUACAUGGAUGGAGGAGACAAGCACCAAUCCCCGACUCUGAGCUUUUGAGUUGUGCUGAAGUUCACCAUGGGGUGAGGAAGAGAGGAAGGAACGUGGUCAGUUUUAGGAGAGGGUGAGUGGCCAAGAACAUGGACUGUUUGUUCUACAAUUUGAAAGAAUUCUACUUACUGAAAAACCUUCCGUUUUUGAAGAUUUUUCCAAGUUGGUUUCUCCCCUAACCAUUUGUUUUCCGUAGUUUUCUGAAUGGAUUUUUGUUAACCAUGUUUUAUUCUUUUCACGCGACUUGAUUUUGAAUUGCACUUGAUUUACCCUAACCUUUAUCACACCUGAGCGCUCUGCACACCUACCUAGGCAGAUAAUCACAUUUUUGAAUAGGGUAUCUGGCAUGAGUUAUGAAUUCUCUGAAUAUCUGAAUUCUUCUUGGGUGUCAUGUCUAUGGACUUCUCACCGAUUGACGGUACUGACUCUAUUGCAUCAGAUGUCGUAUUGUAAAAUGGAGGUACAUGAAGGAUUGCUCUGAAAAGACCCACGCUUUUGCACGAUUGAGCCACCGCCGUUAAUUUUUCAUCAUACACUUGUGUGUUCAGGCGACUUGCAUGCAGGUUUCAAGGAUGCUGUAUAGCUAUAAGGGUUCCAUUAAGCUCAAGUAGUAUGCAAGAGGAGGUAAUAGACCUUACUUCCAUAUUCUCACGGCCAACCCAUUAUCCUGUCCUCUAGGAUGAAAUCUUUUCAUACUUUCUGAAAAUUGACUGGGUCCUUGUGGGACACACCAUGCUGUCUACUGGAACUACAGGCAAAACCCAGAAUGUUACUCUAACAAUAUUGUGAGACUGACACAAAAUUAGGCCUACUACAGACUUAGACUCCUCAAACAGGUGCCAAACUUAGUACGUAAACAUUUAUAACAAUCUGUGGAGGGUCUAGGAGGUUUCUAAAGAGUAAUUUCCUAUUUCAAGUCAGAGCAGAGAUAGAAGUGGUAGGCAAGAAGAACAUCAUUACACACAUACUCUCCUACGUUCACCUGUUCUUUAGACCCUAUUCCUUUCCUCUCCCCCCCACUGGUCUGGUCAGGUGGGGGGGGGACUUAACCCCCCAAGAGUGAUCGCCACGGGUGACCCCUUAGCAACGGGGUCGUGACCAUGGAAACAAGCCCGGAGAGCCCUAACCGUGCGGUGGAGUACCUGCUGGAGCUGAACAACAUCAUCGAGAGCCAGGCCAAGCUUCUGGAGACACAGCGCCGCCGCAUCGAGGAGCUCGAGACCCAGCUGGACCGGGUCAACCAGGAGAACCAGGACCUGCGCCUGGACCGCGACCCCCCCUGUCCUGAGCCCACCUCAGGCCCCGUCCAGAACCACACCGACCAGAGCCUGACCCAGCCCUCUUCUCUGCCCCUGCACUCCUCCUCCACAGGCACUGGUACCAACACCGGCGCCGGCCCGGUCCACAACAGCAACGAUGGCACUGGUGGUAGUAGCACUGCCACCAGCCCCUCUGCUCCCACAGCGCCCCCUACUGGGCUGAAUCGUGAGCGGCGAAGCCACACGCGCCUGACCCGCGGGCUCUCGUGUGGGGCGGCGCCAGUGGAGAGGGAGCGGGGACGACUGGAGCGGAUUGACAGCUCUGGGACCAACACCACCCCCACACCACGCAGACAGCUAAACUCUUACUCAAGCUGUUCUACUCUCACCAAUUCCACCGCCAACUUCUUCUUCAGCCCCAGCCUGACAGUUGUUAGCCAUUCCAGCCACCAUCAGUUUUGCUGUCCCGCCAGGCUACGCAAGCCCAAGCCCAAGCCGUCUAACACACUCCCCAAGGCCAAGGAGCAGGGCAGAGAAGAGGAGGUGACUGACUCCACCCAUCAGUUCUGUUGUCCCGCCUCAAAUUGCAGUAGCCCCUCCUCUAGGUAACCUGUGAGUUGAUUGGUCAUUUGUUGUAACAACUAAUCAACACAAGCGGAUGAUCACCUUGAUUGCGACCUGUGCAGUGAUAGGUUCAUGAAGCUGCCUGUCAUCAGGAAGAAGAAAAUAUAAACAUUGUUCCUGAUUCCGAACUGCAGAUGGAAAGAAAGUUGCACUUAGCAUGCAUUGUGUUUUGUUAAAGACUUAUUAUUGGCUGUUUAUUGGCAUCAGCCAGACUGACAAAAGAAGAAAAAAAUCACCUGAUCAAGACACUCUUAAAUGAUCAAAUGAAACUCUUAAAUGAUGAUUUGAAAUAUAGGAUGAUGGAUUUGACUUCCAUUAUGUAAUUGUUAUUGCAUGCCUGUUUAAAUAACCACCAUGACAAGUACAUGAAUCUGUGUCUUAAAUGUUACACUUUUCUAACUGGGUAAAAACUGCACUUGCAACUGCACACAUUGCUUCACAAUUUCAUAGUUCAGUCUGUGUGUGUGUUUUGCCAGUGAUGUGAUGCCACAUACAACACAUUAAUGACAUAAUCUGCAGAGAUCAAAAUAAUCAGUGUAGUGAAACACCUUCAGUCAUUUGGUUUUUGUUUGUGUAUGUCUGUGUGUGUGCAAGUUAGUCGUUGCUUUUGCCUGUACUCAUGACUGCAUAAUGGAUAUGAUCAGAUUCACAAUUUGUUUUAUGUAUUUCUAUACACGUUUGUGGAAGUCUCACUUACAGAUAGGAUUAGGAU